AUCUACGUACCUGGACAGCCACCAAACAACAGACCGACGGGGAGGAAAGUGAUUGUGACGGCAUAUUUGGCUUUGAAAGUUAAUUUGUAAAUUUGUGCCGGUCACCAGGGACACCGCCCACAACACACCCCUGCCAUCAGACCGUUUUCGAUGUAACCGAGCGCUCGAAGCCUCAAUUCUUUAUGUGCGCACAUGUCUAGUAUCAUAUGUAGUGCGUGCACGUGUCGAAAUCUGUGGUCAAUACUGGAAUAACAGAUGGAAGGGCGGCUUUCAGACAGUAGCGGUACCGGUAAUCAUCUUUGUAAGAAGAUAAAGUUGUUCGGGAAACAUUUAAUUUCAAGGGAAGUUCUGGUUCCACUUCUAUAUGGCCAAGGAUUGUCACUACUGAUAUGUGGUACGGCUGUAACGAGUACAUAUCUCGUGGAAGAUUACAAUGCAGAUAUUCCAUGCACACAAAGCUUUUGCAAUUAUUUUUUACUCUGCAUUGUUUAUGGAUUGUUGCUUCUUCGACAAAAGGAUGAAAAUGGAAAUAGAGUUUUAUUUAAGACUUUGAAAGAAUUUGGAUGGAAAUAUUUUUUAAUAUCAGUUGCUGACGUCGCAGCUAACUUUCUUAUGGUGACUGCUUAUCAAUAUACCUCUUUGACAAGUGUCCAGGUGCUCGACUGUUUCGUUAUAUUCAUUGUCAUGGUGCUAUCCUGGUUCAUUUUAAAGACUCGAUAUAAAGCCGUACAUUAUGUUGGUGUCAUGAUUGCAUUGUUGGGUGUUGCAGUCAUGAUUACUGCUGAUGUGUUACUCGACAGAGGAGGAGAAGGAUCAGGUUCCAAUCCCCUUCUUGGUGAUAUGAUGGUUUUACUUGGUGCAACAUGUUAUGGUAUAUCGAAUGUCGGUAUGGAAUUUGUUAUGAAAACUCGGCCAGUUGGAAGAACAGAAAUAUUAGCCAUGUUUGGUAUAUUUGGCUCAAUCACUACUGGUAUAUUAAUAGCUGCUUUGGAAAGAGACGCUUUAAAAGCAGUUAUAUGGUCGGCUGGUUCUAUAAUGUCUCUGGUAGGAUUUGCAGCAUGUAUGUUUGCGUUAUACUCAUUAAUGCCCAUUGUUAUGAAGAUGAGUAGUGCUGCCACAGUGAAUCUAUCAGUUUUGACGGCCGAUCUUUAUGCAUUAUUUGCUGGAAUAUUUCUAUUUGGAUAUAAGUUUACACCGUUGUACAUCAUUUCGUUUUUUGUCAUAUUCUUAUCACUGUUGAUAUAUAAUUCCAAACCUCCUGGAAGCCUCGUGGUACAAAACUCCAGUGCAAUCGAAACAUCGGAUAACACUGAGGGUGGCGUUUUACCAACGAGUUGCAAUAAUAUAAGCACAACAUCUUUCAGCAGUACUAACAGCUCAACAAAACCGCUGUGCUCUGCUAUUUCAGAUGCUACUGACGAUUUUUGAUCUGCUCUUUUUAUAAAGAUAAUUCGUAAAUAAAAUUUUUAUUUGAUACUUAAAACCUCAGUGCAAUGAAUAAAAAAUGUUCAAUCACUAGACAAAAGGUGUUACACAUCAUAUUUUCGUAAACUUCCCCAGCAUUAUUUGAAACGAAUUUGUGAUUGAUGUAUAUUGCAUAGAUAUAUUCCAAAAUUAUUUUUGGUGUCGUUUAUCACACUAUGCCAACAAAGCCUAAGCUAUAGUACUCUGAGGAAAUGCAAUUGGUAAAUCAAUUAUCCCUUAAUCUGAUCAAGCGGGCACGAUUUUUAAUAUUAAUAAGCCCUGGGCGAAUCAAUUGCUCGGGGCCUGUUAUUUAUAGAGAUGGAAAUUAUGAGAUUCAUAUUAGAUAAAUUCAAUGAGCUACCCCUAAAAUAAGCGUUGGGAGCCAAGGGAGGCCCGUCUGUAAAUUGCAUUCAUGUAAACCAAAUUAAUUUAUUUCUCUUCACAGUGGCUUUAUUUAAAUCCUAUAAAAUCAAGCACACGGACAUCUGAUUAAUUUGUUUUGGUAAAUUAUUUUGCGUUCCACAGUCUUUUAUUAUUAUCACUGGUGCAUUUUACGACUUGUUUUUUAUGCAACAUUAUUUGUGCCAAUUUUAAACUCGUAAAAAUAGAUUUGCUU